AUGGCCCCUCCGUCCACCGUCUUCUCAAUCCAAGAUAAAGGGUUGAGAUUUGACUCUGCCACCGACUUGGAACCUCACAUCAAGCCUCUCCUUGAAAGCGACAAUAUCGUUACGGAAAUUUACCUCGGAGGAAACACCUUUGGAGUUCCCGCCUGCGAGCUUCUGGGUAAAGCUCUCCGAACGCAAAAGAAACUCCACACCGCAAACCUCGCCGAUAUCUUCACCUCACGCCUCCUCGCCGAGAUCCCACAAGCCCUCUCCUUUCUAUUAAACGCGUUGCUAGAUGUCCAUACUCUGCAGACAGUUGAUUUAAGCGAUAACGCCUUCGGGCUAAACACGCAGGCCCCCCUCGUCGAGUUCUUACAGGCACACGUUCCUUUACGUCACUUGCUUUUGAACAAUAACGGCUUGGGCCCAAAGGCAGGUACCCUUAUUGCCGAUGCGCUGACGGAAUUAUGCGCGAGAAAGAUCAAGGCGCGAUCGAAUCCGGACCUUGGAUACGAAGUACCCUUGCUGGAGACGAUCGUGUGUGGUCGCAACAGACUUGAAAGUGGAAGUAUGGCUGCGUGGGCUCGUGCGAUAAAGGCUCACGGCAAGGGCCUCAGAGUUGUCAAGAUGGUCCAGAAUGGUAUCCGCCAGGAUGGAAUCAAGCUUCUCUUGGACCAUGGUCUGCGACAUGCGCCCGAGCUAGAGUUACUCGAUCUUCAGGAUAAUACUUUUACAGUCUCCGGCGCCAUAAUACUCGCAGAUACAGUGACCGGCUGGCCAUCGAUUCGCGAGCUCUCUUUAGGAGAUUGCUAUCUCAAGGGCCGAGGUUGGAUUAAAGUCGGAAAAGCGAUCGCAAAGGGAAAUAACAAGAAGCUUGAGAUUCUCAGAUUGAUGUAUAAUGAUAUCAAUGCCGCUGGAUUGCAAAUAUUAGUCCAUGCUGCGAAAAAUGCGCUCCCCCUUCUGAGACGCAUCGAGCUGAAUGGAAACAAAUUUGACGAGGAUGACGAGAGCAUCGUGGAAUUGAGAGAGCUUCUUGACGAGCGGAAAGAAGCGAGAGGCAAAGAAGACGACGAGGAGGAUGCGUGGGGCUUGGAUGAACUAGAUGAGUUAGAAGAAGAGAGUGAAGAGGAAGAAGAGGAGGAGGAGGAGGAGGAGAGCGAGGCAGAAGAGGUAGAGAAGAAAGCGGAGAAGGUCGUGGAGGAGGCUGAGCAGGCUGAGAACGAGAAGGUCGCUCAAGAUGUCGACAAAGCUGUGGAUGAACUCGGCGAGAAAUUAAAGAGCACGUCUAUUUGA